AUGGACAAGCUGCAGACGGUGCUGAUCGCUAAUCGAGGAGAAAUAGCCGUCCGAAUCUGCAGGACAGCGAAGAAGCUUGGUGUGAAGACUAUCGCAAUCUAUUCAGAAGCUGAUGCGGCAUCACAGCAUGUCCGAGAUGCCGACGAGGCUGUGCUCUUACCGGGAAGCAAUGCGACCGCCUACACGGAUGAAGAUGCAAUCCUUAAGAUUGCGAAAGAGAAGAGCGCAGAUGCUGUAAUUCCCGGCUAUGGCUUCCUCUCAGAGAACGCACCGUUCGCGCGACGCGUGAGCGACGCAGGUCUUGUGUGGGUGGGACCGUCACCAGAGGCAAUCGAAUCGUUCGGCGUGAAACACACAGCAAGAGACUUAGCAGCCAAAGCCGAUGUUCCUAUCGUGCCUGGUACCAAAGGCCUCGUCGAAGAUGAAGAAGAGGCUGCGAAGGAGGCAGAGCGUAUCAGCUUUCCUGUCAUGCUGAAGGCGACCGGAGGCGGUGGAGGGAUGGGUCUCAUCACAUGCGACAACGUCAAAGAAAUGCGGGAAGGCUUCAAGAUGGUGCAAUCAAGGGGGCAAACACUGUUCAAGAACCCCGGGGUCUUUAUCGAAAAAUACUUUCCCGCUAGCCACCACAUUGAAGUUCAAGUCUUCGGCAACGGGCUCGGUCAGGCUAUCCACUUUGGUGAGCGUGAGUGCUCGAUCCAGAGGCGGCACCAGAAGGUUAUCGAGGAGUGCCCGAGCCCCUUUGUGGAAAGACAUCCUGAGCUCCGACAGAAGUUGGGCGCUGCUGCCGUUCGAUUAUCAGAAUCGAUCAAGUAUGGCUCCGCUGGAACCGUUGAGUAUCUAAUGGACGAUCAGACAGGCGACUUCUUCUUCCUCGAGAUGAACACUCGUCUCCAAGUAGAGCACGGAAUUACCGAACUCUGCUACAAUGUUGAUCUUGUAGAAUUGAUGCUGAGACAGGCAGAUGCUCAGCUUACUGGCAAGGGCGGCCUUGACGGAUCAGAGCUGAAACAAAUGCAGCCGUCAAAGCCCUCUGGAGCCGCAAUCGAAGCGCGUGUCUACGCCGAGAAUCCUCUUAGGGACUACGCACCAUCACCAGGCUUGCUGCAAAAAGUGGAAUGGAAGGACGUGCCUGGCAGCCGUGUCGACACCUGGGUCUUUACAGGGUCUCGCAUAACACCCAACUACGAUCCAUUGAUCGCAAAAGCCAUGGCUCAUUCGCGAUCUCGAGAUGAGACCAUCUCACGGAUGAAAGAGCUUUUGACGAACUCGGUGAUCUCGGGGCCACCUACUAAUCUGGAGUUCCUGGUACAAAUACUGGAUGACUCAAGGUUCGCUUCAGGAGAGACAAUGACUACCUUCUUGAAAGAUUUCGAGUUCGCACCGCACGCGAUAGACGUCAUAUCAGCUGGUGCUUACACGCUCAUCCAGGACCUUCCAGGGAGACCGACAGUUGGCAAGGGCAUACCCCAUUCUGGACCCAUGGAUCCCAUGGCUUUCCAGAUUGCGAAUAUGCUAGUUGGGAACCCUCGCGGCACAGAGGGCCUGGAGAUCACGCUCAGUGGGCCUGAUUUACGAUUCGUGGGGCCAGCCAUCGUCGCUCUGUGUGGUGCGCCAAUGGAAGCGACCUUGGAUGGAGAUGACUUUCCAAUGUGGACCAGCGUCAAGAUCGGGGCUGGGCAAAGACUCAAGAUUGGCAAGACCAUCGCUGGAGGUUGUCGCUCAUAUCUCGCCAUCUAUGGUGGGCUGCCAGCAGUAGCUGAAUACUUCGGCUCAAAGUCAACAUCUCCCUUGGUUGCAAUCGGUGGGUACCAAGGUCGACAACUUGCACCAGGAGAUCUACUCCAAAUCAAGGCAGACCUACCGAGUAAAAUCGAGAUUGUGGCCCUUCCAGAACGUCUUCGUCUCAGCUACAAGACUGACUGGGAGAUCUCAGCGAUGGUAGGGCCACACGAUGAAGGGUACUUCGCGCCAGAAGACAUCAAGAUGAUCUAUGAUACGAAGUGGAAGGUCUCCCACAACGCAUCUCGAAGUGGAAUCAGACUGGUUGGGCCGGUACCUAAAUGGGCUCGAAAAGAUGGUGGAGAAGGUGGAGCACAUCCAAGUAACCUUGUGGAGUACGGAUACCCUUUGGGCACACUGAACUGGACUGGUGAUGAUCCAUGUAUUUUCCCUGUUGACUGUCCAAACUUUGGCGGUUUCACCAGCAGUACAACAGUAAUCAGGGCCGAUUGGUGGAAGCUUGGGCAGUUGAAGGCCGGGAAUACGCUGAAGUACGUCAGGGUCGGGCUUGAAGACGCACUGAAGAAGAGGAAGCGUAACGACAAAUUCCUGGACUCAAUUGAGCAGGCCGUUCAGACGCAGAGUGGGUUUCAACAGAUCAGCAACCUGCAAGCUGGACAUGUUGACUUUCAUGAAUGCAAUAUUGGAAAGGCGAUAAUCUGGGAGAGAGCUGCAACAGCCGACACACCUCAAGUACGGUAUCGCCAGGGCGGCGACGAUCACCUUCUCGUUGAGUAUGGCAACGAAGAGUUUGAUCUCAACCAUCGAUGCCGUGUUACCGCGCUCGAGAAGGCGUUAAAUUCUCUAGAUACACCAGGAGAAGUCAAGGACAAUCUCUACAACACGGUCGGCUGUUGUACAACACUUCUGAUAUACUACAACGGCGCUAAGUUACCUCGUACUGAGCUUGUGUCGCAUCUCCAGAAGCUCGAACAAAGCUUUGGCGAUCUGCGUUCAACAAAGGUGCCUACACGAAUCUUCAUGCUUCCCAUUAGCUUCGAGUCUAAGCUCCAAGACGACGCCACUCAGCGCUACAUGACCAAUCAACGUCCACACGCUCCCUACCUUCCUGACAACUUAUCGUUCGUUGCGAAGAACAACGCCUUCACUCCGCAACAGCUGAAAGACAUCUACCUAACUGGGCAGUUCAUGGCGGUCGUGGUAGGCUUCUUUUGCGGAAACACUGUAUCACUUCCAGUUGAUCCUCGACAACGUAUGAACGCGCCGAAGAUGAACCCUUCGCGCGUGUUCACGCCAGAAGGUACGGUGGGCUGGGCAGGAAGCUGUAUGAGCAUCUACCCAGUCGAUUCGCCUGGAGGAUAUCAAAUGACUGGCCGAACCAUUCCGUGCUUUGAUUAUUACGCACAGAAGCCAGGCUUUGAGAAGCCUUGGAUCUUUAGGGAUUUCGACAUCCUGACUUUCUAUCAGGUCAGUGAACAGGAGCUUGACGACUUGCUUGGCAAGUUCAGAGCCGGCAAGUUCACAUUCGAGUAUGAGGAUGUCGAAUUUGACAUGGCAGAUCACAACAAGAUGCUACAGGAUAGCGCCGAGGAAGUCAAGAAGAUUCGCGCAGAUCAAGCUAAAGCUCAAGAGGAGAUGACACGAGCUGAAAACGAGUCGUUCGAGCGUUGGCAAAGAGAGAAGGCCGAGAAUCAGGUCGAUGAGUCUACCAUCGAAAAACUUCUCGACGAUCCUAGCAUCAUCUCUGUUGAAGCUCCUGUAGACGCCAAUGUGUGGAAAGUGGAAGUGAAGGAGGGCGAAACUGUUGGGGAAGGGAGUGUUAUUGUCAUCCUCGAGGCUAUGAAGUUAGAAAUUGCAGUCAAAACCCCUGAUGCAGCAACCGCAGAGAACGCUAAGCUACGAGUAGAGAGAUUGCUUGUCAAACCAGGUGACACAGUAACAGCUGGCGGGCAUCUUGCCCUGCUGAAGAAGGAGUAG